CAAGCAAUACAAACAAUCCUCCCAUCAACCACAACCACCUUCUACCUUCUCACCUUCUAGUCCAACUAGAUAUCAAUCCACAAUGUCGGCUCCUCAGAUCCCCGAGAUGCAAUGGGCACAAGUUUGCGAAAAGGUCGGCGGCGAGCUUGAAUACAAGCAGAUCCCCGUUCCCAAGCCCGGCCCCGAUGAGGUUCUCAUCAAUGUCAAGUUCACUGGUGUCUGCCACACCGACCUCCACGCCAUGAACGGCGACUGGCCUCUUCCCGUCAAGAUGCCUCUUGUUGGUGGUCACGAGGGUGCUGGUGUAGUCGUUGGCCGCGGUGAACUCGUCAGUGAAGUUGAGAUUGGCGACCACGUUGGUAUCAAGUGGAUCAAUGGCACAUGUCUCUCCUGCGACUUCUGCAUGCAAGCAGAUGAGCCUCUCUGCCCCAAGGCACAGCUCUCGGGUUACACUGUCGACGGAUCCUUCCAACAAUACGCCGUCGCCAAGGCCGCGCAUGUUGCCAGACUCUCAAAGGACAUCCCACUCGACGGAGUCUCCCCCGUUCUGUGCGCCGGUAUUACCGUCUACAAGGGUAUCAAGGAGUCCGGUGUUCGCCCUGGCCAGACAGUCGCCAUUGUCGGUGCUGGUGGUGGUCUUGGCUCUCUCGCACAGCAAUACUGCAAGGCCAUGGGCAUCCGCACAAUUGCCAUUGAUUCUGGAGACGACAAGGAGAAGAUGUGCAAGGAGCUCGGAUCUUACGCCUUCGUCGACUUCGGCAAGAGCAAGAAUGUCGUCAAGGAUGUCCAGUCUGCCACCGAGGACGGCCUUGGUCCCCACGCCGUCAUCCUUCUUGCCGUCUCCGAAAAGCCCUUCCAACAGGCUGCUGAGUACGUCCGCCCUCGUGGUACCGUCGUCUGCAUCGGUCUGCCCGCAGGUGCCUUCCUCAAGGCUCCCGUCUUCGAGUCUGUCGUAAGAAUGAUCACCAUCAAGGGCUCCUACGUCGGCAACCGCAGAGAUACCGCCGAAGCCAUCGAGUUCUACCGUCAGGGCUUGAUCAAGGCUCCCUUCAAGACCGUCGGUCUCUCGGAGCUGCCCAAGGUCUUCGACAUGAUGCACAAGGGACAAAUCGCUGGUCGCUACGUCCUCGACACCUCCAAGUAAACUGCUUGGAACUUCUCGACCCAAUUGGAAAAACCGGCAAGGACCACAUUUGGAAGUGGCAGAGUCUGGCACGAUUAUGACUAGUAGUUGGCACUUGCGAAAUAGCUGUUUCUUCUUUCUUCUUUUUUCUUUCGACCUCCUGUAUAUAAUUUAUUGGUCUUCUUCUAUGCAAAACAACUCAACUUUUUAUCAAUAUUCUUUCUAUGACAGUUGCUAACUCUCUUU